AAACACAUCGCAUGCCAUUGGCACACAUGUGCUACGAGAACUGUCAUUUCAUUUGUUUUUCUUUACAAUUUCCAUUUCACUUGAUACGCUACUUGUUUAGUAAAGUUUAGUAUAAAUUUAUUCAAAUUUAAUAAUCCUGUAUUAAACAAUGGGAACGAAAAAGGUAAAAAUAUCGGCGGUCAAACGUGCCGCACAUCUCAAACAGCGUAAAGCUCCAUUGACCAAACAACAACAACAAAAGUUGGCCCAACAGAAAUCGGCCAAGGAAAGGGGCCAAAACAUAUUCAUACAGAAGGCUCACAAAAAAGAUGAAGUCUUCCAGAGGAAGAAACAAAACAAACGCUCGGCAAUGGGCCUGCCCGAUGUGGACAACGAGGAAAUGGAUGAUGAUGAGCUAUUGGAUAAUGUGGCCGAUAUGUUGGACGGUGAAGAUUUGGAGUAUUUGAAUAUGAAAAAAGGAAGAAAUAGGAAACGUAAACAUGCCGUCGGAGAGGAGGCCGACGAUGAUGAUAUUAAACAUGCUGUGGGUUUGGAAAAGCAAUUUGCCCAUGAUACUGCAUUGGAGGAUGCCAGCAAGAAAAUAACUGUGGACUUGUUGCCCGUCAAGACCAGGGAAGGUGAAAUUAUCACACGCUCAACCCAGGUGGAUUUUAAACCCAAGCCUAAAGCGAAAAAAGCAGCAGCAGAAGAACAGGUUGAGGGAGAACAGGAAGAAGAUGGUGAAGAAGGCGAGAAAGGCGAUGAGGAUGAUGAUGAUGAUACAGCAGAAAUAGAGUAUGAGGACAGUGAUGAUGAUGUGGUCAACGAUGAAGAGGAUACAAAUGCCAUUAAAAAAGUGGCCGAAAAGAAAAUGGUCUCCACCACUGAUCUGCUAAUUGCCCGCCAGCAGGAGAUUGAACGACAAAAAUAUCGCAUUGGUAUUAUUUGUUCGGGUAUUCUGGAGAAACCGGAAGACAAAAUGCGCAAUUUUAAUGCCUUGUUUGAGUUGAUGGAUGAAACCAACAAGGCCGGUGUUCCCAAUCUACUGACUGUGCGUAAAGUGGCCAUUGUAUCGUUGACUGAGAUUUUCAAAGAUAUUCUACCGGAAUAUCGUGUCGGCCAAGUCGAUACAAAAAUGCAAACGGUGCGUAAGGCCACCCUGGAGCGGGUAACAUUUGAAAAUGCCUUGCUGCAGCAUUUCAAGAAAUUCCUACAACGUUUGGAGAAACUUACGGCGGCUGUUAAUCGCAAAGGACACGGUCGUGUUACGCCUCAGUCGGUGAAAAUGGCCGAAGUUGCUGUGCAAAGUAUGGCCGAUCUUUUGAUGGCUCAUCCAUAUUUCAAUUAUGUCAAGAAUAUUGCCCAGCUCCUGGUCUACAUGUUGAACUGUAACUAUCCGCGUAUGCGUGAGACGGUGCAUAACUGUUUCCGUUAUGUCUUUGCCAACGACAAGAAAAUGGAUAUGACCUUGUUUAUUAUACGGCGCAUCAAUCAUUUGAUUAAAAGCAAAAAUAAUGUGGUCCACCUGGAAUGUAUUACCUGUUUGAUGGCGCUCAAGAUUAAAAAUGUCAAUUUGGAUGCGGAAAAGGAAAAUGAAUUGAAACAAAAGAAAUUGGAGGCCCAUCGUCAACGGCUAUUGAGCCUAUCGAAAAAGGAACGCAAACGGCGUAAGAAAUUGACAGAACUGAACAAGGAAUUGGAUGAGACGCGGGCUGAGGAGAACAAACAAACAAAACAUGCCAAAUUGACGGAAAUUGUAAAAAUGUUAUUCACCAUUUAUUUUAGGGUAUUGAAGAAUGACCCCACCUCUAAAGUGUUGAGUGCCAUUCUAGAGGGUUUGGCCGAAUUCGCCCAUGUCAUUAAUUUGGAUUUCUUUUCCGAUUUAAUUGAGGUAUUGAACAAUAUUCUGGAGACCCAGGAGGAUUUGGGCUAUCGAGAACAGCUGCACUGCAUCAAGACCAUUUUUGUUAUACUCUCCGGCCAGGGUGAGGUACUGAACAUUGAUCCGAUACGUUUCUAUCAACAUUUCUAUCGAAAUAUGUUGGCCGUACAUGCGGGCAAAAAUCAUGAUGAUUUUCGCAUUAUCCUACAAACAUUGGAUGAGGUUUUGGUGAAACGCCGGCGCAACAUGAGCCAGCAACGUUUGAUGGCAUUUAUCAAACGUUUGCUGAUGGUGGGUUUGAAUCUUCUGCACCACGGCACCUUGGCCACCUUGGGUACAAUUAAGACCACAUUUCAAUUGACAUCGGUUUUGGACAUACUCUUGGAUACAGACGACAGUAUAGGUUCGGGAAAAUAUGAUCCCACAUUGGAGGAUCCGGAAUAUUGUAAUGCCUCGUGCACGGCUCUGUAUGAAUUGACCACACUGCAAAGACACUAUCAUCCCAUUGUACGUAAAAUGGCAACACACAUAGCAAAUGGGGUGCCGGCAUCGGGCGAGGGUUCAUUACCUUCGGAGAUUGGCAAAUUAACUGCCAUGGAAUUAUUUGAACAAUAUGAUAGCACUCAAAUGGCGUUUAAUCCCACGAUUCCAGUGCCCAGACCAUGUGAGCCAAAAAUCAAAAAAGGCCAACAUGACUACUUGAGUCCGGAUUUUAAAACCUUCUAUAAGCAAAUGUUAAAGAAUAACCAAGUCAGGCCGACGACAAUAGAUUCAAAAUCAACAACAUUUGAUUUUUACAAAGACCUAAAAUGUAAAUAAUAAAAUUUCCGUUUCUGUUUUUAGAAAAAUAAAACA